AUCAUGUGGAUGACCAAUUACACAGGACAGUCAAGUUUCAUCCUGGUGGGACUUUUUAGUCAGUCCAAACAUCCAACUCUGCUUUGUGUGAUCAUUUUUGUGGUUUUCUUAAUGGCUUUAUAUGGAAAUGCUGUCCUGAUCCUUGUGAUACACUCUGACAUCCACCUCCACACCCCCAUGUACUUUUUUAUCAGCCAGUUGUCAAUCAUGGACAUCAUGUACAUUUCUGUCACUGUUCCCAAGAUGCUCAUAGACCAGAUCAUGAGUACCAAUAAGAUCUCAGCUUCUGAAUGUGGAAUGCAGAUGUUCCUCUAUUUGACACUAGUGGGCUCAGAAUUUUUCCUUCUGGCAGCCAUGUCCUAUGACCGCUAUGUGGCCAUUUGCCAUCCGCUCCGCUACCCUGUCCUCUUGAAUCAUAGGGUAUGUCUCUUUCUGGCAUCUGGCUGCUGGUUUCUAGGAUCCGUGGAUGGCUUCAUGCUCACUCCCAUCACCAUGACCUUCCCUUUCUGCAGAUCCUGGGAAAUCCAUCAUUUCUUCUGUGAGGUUCCUGCUGUAUUGAAUCUCUCCUGCUCAGACACCUCACUCUAUGAGAUACUCAUGUACCUGUGCUGUGUCCUCAUGCUCCUCAUCCCUGUGAUAAUAAUUUUGAGCUCCUAUUCAUCCAUCCUCCUUGCCAUUCAUAGAAUGAAUUCAGCAGAGGGCCAGAGGAAAGCCCUUGCAACCUGCUCCUCCCAUAUAACUGUCGUCAUUUUCUUCUAUGGUGCUGCCAUAUAUACCUACAUGCUCCCUGGUUCCUACCACACUCCUGAGAAGGACAUGGUGGUAUCUGUCUUUUAUACUAUACUCACACCUGUGUUAAACCCUUUGAUCUAUAGUCUUAGGAAUAAGAAUGUCAUUGGGGCUCUGAAGAAAAUGUUGACUGUGAGACCUGUCUUUCAAAGAAAAAUAAAGUAG